AUGGAGGACGAGACUGUCCAGAGUCUCCUGUCAGAGUUAGAUGGAGGGAGAGAGCUACACAUCACUUGUCUGACAGGAAGAGACAGCGCAGUGUGGUGUGAACAUAACUCAGCACAGUUCAGUCUGCUGCAGUCUCCUGUACACAUCGCCUUGGUAACAGCUUUACUCUGUUUGAUCUCUGUCUGUGUUUCUGAGUUCCACACUGUGGAGCUCCAGCCUGCUGAACAAGUCACACUGAUGUGCUCCAACUUCAGCAGCUUUACCGGGUUCAGACUGGACAGCAGACCCCACAUCAGCUGUAUCUCCUCCAUGUGGAGCUCUGAUUCAAAUACUUCACUCUACGAUGGAUUUCAAAAUGGAAAAUUUAACAUGACAUCCAACACCACUACCCUCUUCCUCAACAUCACCCAUGUGGAUUUAGCUGAGUCUGGACUUUAUUUCUGUGGAUUUUACUCAGAUGGAAAGCCAGUAAUUGUCACUGCAACAUAUCUAAAAGUUCAAGAAGAGUUUGAUGGAAUAACGAGCCUGACCACUGUGAUCUUCCUUGGUCUGAUUCUUUUCCUCGUUCCAGUCGUCAUUGGUCUGGUUGUUAAAAUCAGGAAAUUUCAUACAGGUACUUGUGUUUUUGUGUUAGUUGUAAAUGCAAAACUUUGUGUUAGAACAAUUUAGAGAUGAUGUUUUUGUCAUUUAGCUCAGAAAGAGGGACAGACAUGUUUGGUUUGAUUCAUCCUUUAAUGAUUCUGUUUUCUUACAAACUGACUGUUAAUAUGUUUCUUACAGAACCUGGUUUCCGUCAAAGAGUGAAA